UCCUUUCAGUACACCUCACGCUCACGCAAUACCCGUUUCCUAGUUCCUUCUCGUCCCAAGUCCGCAUUUCUCUCCUCGUCACCCCAAGUCACGAGUAGUCCGUUGUGGGUGGCGGAACCACUCCAACACCAGUGGCGCACCGUCGGCGCAAGGAUUGCGGGGACUUAGUUCAAGUGGCGCUCGCCGCGGCGCUCGUCUGCAAUCCCCGCAGCGACGCGUCGCGCGUAGUCCGGCUUGCGCGUGGGCAGGCAACGCGCUCGUUGCAGCGCGCUAGUGCGCUUAGAAAGAAGCAAUUGCGCUGCUGGAGAGUAUGAUGCGCGGGGUUGAACGCGGAGGGGACGGCGGAGCAAUGGGGGCAAGGAGCGGGGGUUCGGGGAAUGAGAGGCGCGGAACGGCAAUGGGAGGGGGAAGGGGAGCGGGUUACGCGAGCAGCGGAGAUGGGUGGCCCGGUGGCGGGGAGCGCGGCGGCGAGGGCGACUGGAGCGGGGAGGAGGUACGGCGGCGAGUGAAGGGGAUGUGGCGCCACGCGCAGCUCCUUCAAGCCGUCCUCCACGAGCGGCACCACCUGCCGGCUGCACCCCAUGCGGCUGCACCCUGUGCGGCACAGCAGGCAGCGCCUCAUGCACUGCCCCAAGCAGCGGUCCCUCAGCUGCCCGUGCGCGCACCAGCACCACCACACGCCAUGCUGCGCUCUGCUGCACUGCCCCCAGCAGCGCAAGUGACAGCACGGCCAGCAGCCAAAACGGCAGCAGAGGCAGCAGCAAGAGCGGCAUUAGAAGCGGAGGCAGUGUGGGCGGCAGCAGGCGAGCGGUUGGGCGAGGAGUUGGUGCAGCUGAUGCAGCCGCUGGCACGCCUGCAGGAGAUGCUGGGGGAGGGCAGACAGGAUGAGGGAGGGGGGCGCGGGGAAGAAAGAGAGGCAAGUGGUGGUCGUGCGGAGAGGGGGAGAGGUGGAGGGGAGGAGGGAGACAGGGAGGAGGCAGGAGAGGGGUAUGAGGGGAUGAGAGGGUGGGGAUGGGUGGAGCGAGUGGAGAUGCUGCGAGUGGUGCGGGCGAGGGGGAGGGCGGUGAGGAAGAAGAGGUGGAGGGGGAGGAGGAGAGCGCAGCAGGCAGCGGCGUGCAAGCAGGUGUGUGUCAUGCUGGGUGGCUUCAUUCAACCGUGCCUACGUUUCACCAACAAUUGCGAGGAGCAGCGGAGUGCGGUGGAGGCGAGGAUAGACGCAUGGCGGGGGAGGGUGAUGGCCAGGGACGCACGGGAGACGCAGGCUCGCCAGCAGCAGCGGGAGGAAGAGGCCAGGGAGAAGAGGGAGAGGGCUCAGCUGCAGAAGCAGGUGGACGCCCUCCUGCUGCUGGAGCGCCUGAGGGAGCUCAGGCGCCUGCGAGUGGUGAAAGCGCGGAGACAAGGACUGGCACUGGCAGGCGAGGAUGAUGGGUUCAUGCAGGCUGUGAGGGCGGCGGUGGAGGAGGAGGACAGGCGGGGAGGAGCAUGGGAGGACGACAGGGGGGGAGGGGCAAAGGAGGACGAUGGGGGGGGGGCGGCGGAGGAGGAGGAGAGGGGGAGAGGGGUGGACUUAGAGGAUAAGAGGGAAGGGGUGGGGGAGGAGAGGAGGGGCGGUGGGUGUGGAACAGUGGUGGGGCAGGGAGCGGAGGACGGGAGGGGGGAUGUGGGGUGGAUGGACGUGGCAGUGGCAGGAAAGGAGCAGCAGGGCAAGGGCGGUGAGGGCAAGGAGCGGCAGGGCAAGGGCGGUGAGGGCAAGGAGCGGCAGGGCAAGGGCGGUGAGGGCAAGGAGCGGCAGGGCAAGGGCAGUGAGGGCAAGGAGCGGCAGGGCAAGGGCGGUGAGGGCGUGAAUGGCAGCGAGGAACGGCAGGGCAAGGAGGGUGUGGGACCACCACACAGCACACAUCUCCAACUCCUCCAUUCGCGGCUGACAUAUGCGUCUGCUGCCGGCCCCCGCCUCCCCCUGUAUGAGCUGGUAGCAGUGAGGCGCCAGUGGGACGCCUUCCUCCUGCCAUCACCGGCCCACCUGCCAAGCCCUCAACUCCAGCGCCCUCAAGUCUCACCAGUCCCUCGAGCCCCUCCCGCUGCUCAAACCCCUCAGUGCCCGCACAUCCCUCCGCUCAGAGCACUCACCUCCUCCAUCCAAGGUGCUUUCUUUGCGAGUGCUGCUCCCCCUGCUGCUGCUAAUGCAGGUGUUGCAUCUGCUAGCGCCACUCACUCCGUGGCUACACAUGAUGCUCACCUCACCACCUCCCACCUCCCAGGCACACACGACACAAGCUCGCCAGUGCCUCCAUGCUGGGUCAGAGCCCCUCGUCCUUCCAACUCCGAAUGGGGGUUGUAUCUUGUGAAGAAUUGAGUGCUGCUUCUGUUCUGGAGUUUGAAUUGCAGGAGUUGGAACAACCCUGGAAGUGCGUGUGCUGAGGCUCUGAUGGUUGAAUCUAUCUAUAUAUAUUUUCAAGCUUCCGCACCAGGGCCUCAGAUUCGUUUUGGGGCACGCUGAUUGCUCAGGCUCCCCCCCCCCUUAGCUCCCUGUUUUUUCAGGCCUCGCAAAAAAAAAAAAACGCUGAUCAAUCUGGAUGUCGUAAACAGGGCUCCCGUUAUCAGACCAAAUCGGUCUGAUGGUCUGAAAAUCAGACCGGGUUUUUAUGUUUCAUCUGAUUUUUUGACGAGCCA